AUCAUGUGUUUGAGCCGGAUAGAAAGGAUACUUCUUAUCAGUUCCCUUCGUUCGGCCUCGUCGAAGCCAGGGCCGGCGGAGGGUGAGGGGUGUCUCUGUGCGACUGUCUCUGUGUGUGUGCGCAAGAGUGUGGUGACAGGACAUGUGUGUGUAUCCAUGUAUAUGCAUCUCGAACUCGAAGCACUCCACUUUUGCUGCUGCAGCAAAUUGUAUGGCCGGCCCAAAACCUCGAAUUCCCUUGAUGAUACACACACCCAUCUGCCCGAACCACGCACACCCUUCCCACCCACCACACACACUACAGACAACCAGCCCCUUCUUUCCUUCCUUCCAAGGUUGUGGAGAUAUAUCUUUGACCUGUGUACCUAGAUGUAGAGCGCGGUAUGUUGGUGUUGAUCAUCCAUCCAUCCAUUCCGAAAGGAGCACUGGCAGCAGCAGGAGCAGCAGUGGAGGACGGAUGGUAAAACAGAACGGUACCCAUCUUUUCUGCGGGCCGUACAUAAAACGGAUGGGAUGGUGUGAGAUGAAGCAGCAGCCAGCCAGCUUCGGGGCCCCCCUUCCCACGCCUUUGGCCAAGGCAAACGUUUGCCGCUCCUUUGCCAUGCCCAACCCACCACCACCACCACCACCACUUCCACAACCCUUCCGCACAACAGAAAGGAGGGAGGGCAAAGUGCAAUUUGUCGACCGGACACAGCAUUUCCCAUCAUGCCAUGCCAUGCCAGGAUGAGGCGUGCCGCCCAGAAUUGUCGGGCUUUCACUGUGGGGGAUGGGUGGGUGGGCUGGACUGGGCUGGGGAGGGUACGGGGGGCGUGGUGGGUGGUGAUGGGAGGAGGAGGCAGGAUGGAUGGAUGGAUGGAGGGAUAGGAU